ACAAUUUCCAAUGAAUUCGACCACACAAAAUCAGUCGCAUCAAUAAAAAGAUAAUUUUGUGGAGAUAUGCCACGACAAUGGAUGCUUAUAUGUGCCCAACUUGCCGUACUUAAUUCAGCUCUUUUGGACUACGUCUGUGCAGUUGAGAACAAGUAUGGAACGAUAUCAGUGGUAGGGCCAGCUUUUGUGAACAGAGGGGUAACACUGAAAGCGACACCGUUCUACCCUUGGAGAUGUAAGGAAGAAUGGUAUUACAUAAUGGAAGGUGGCACACAAUUUCAAACAAUGAAUGGGCCAAAUGUCACAAGAUAUUCGGAAGAUGGGUCAUUUUUUUUGAAAUGGUGGCCUUCGAUUGAAUACAACAGAUCUGAAUUCUGCGCCGGAUGUUCAACAAACAUAACGAUUAGAACACACAUGGUACCUGUACAUCUGAAAGAUAUUGUUGGAACAUGUGGAGCUCUGGUGAUUCUAAGUCCGGUUGUUCGCGGCGCCGUCAUCAAACUUGGAUAUUUUCCGUCCGACUAUUCUCUAGAGCACCAAACAUACACGGGACGAAGAUGGAAGAACGGCUUUAAGAAAAUAGAGCUACGAACAGGGUCUUAUGCAGAGAAAAACGUUUCUGAAUAUUUAUACAUAUUGACUAUAUUUAGCUUUGGAGAAAAAAAUGAAGGAACGUAUACUAUUAAUUGCAAAUCAGAUAGCUACACACGAAUUCUGUGCACCUUUAUACUCCAGAGCGACCGAGCUAUCCAGUUAUCCAUGGUCCAAACUCUACAGACUUUAACACAACAGAAUGUAUUUAUGUUUAUGCAGGCUCCGAUAUUUAUUGCAAAACUAACAAUGGAACAGAACCCGUACAAGUAGUUCUUUUACUGGGCAAUGAUUCAUUUGUUCUUGCCGAAGG